GGCGUGUCUUGGUUGGUCGCGUUGCCACCUGGGAGGGGUUAUGAACCGGAAGAAGUAGUGGAUGCAGCUGCUGAUCCAUUUUCGUUACCACUAUGAUGAUACACGGAUUUAAGAGUAGCAAUCAAGAUUUCAAUUUUGGGCCAUGGAAGGUGACAGCGACCAAGACCCAUAUCAUGAAGUCAGCUGACGUGGAGAAACUAGCUGAAGAAAUGCAUAUGCCAUGCCUCCCAGAAAUGAUGUUUGGUGCCAAUGUGUUGAGAAUUCAGCACUCUUCUGGCUUUGGGAUUGAGUUUAACGCUAAAGAUGCUCUAAAAAGGGUGAACAAAUAUCAGGGAGCUGUCAAAGUAGCUUGUGCUGAAGAGUGGCAGGAGAGUAGGUCGGACAGUGAGCAUAGCAAGGAGGUGGUGAAGCCAUAUGACUGGACGUACACAACAGAUUACAAGGGAACGUUUCUUGGUGACAGCCUGGUAUUUAAUGUUGUCCCAACGACGGAACGAAUAAACAUUGAGAAACUGAAGACAAGAGAGCAGAUCACGUUCUUUGAGGAGGUUCUACUAUUUGAAGACGAGCUUCAUGAUCACGGAGUGUCCAGUCUCAGUGUCAAAAUAAGAGUGAUGCCUUCCAGUUUUUUUCUUCUUCUUCGGUUCUUCUUGAGGGUUGAUGGGGUGCUCAUUCGCAUGCAUGAUACUCGGCUGUAUCACGAGGCAGAUAAGUCAUUUAUGCUGCGCGAGUACACCUCUAGAGAAAGUCAAAUAUCCAACCUGAGUCACGUUCCUCCCCCUCUCUACACUGAGCCCAAUGAGAUCUCUCAGUAUUUACCAGUCACGCAGUCAGUUUGUGAAAAGCUGGAGUUCCCAAUACUAGCUGAGGCUGAAGUUGCAGCACCUACAGUACCAACUAGUGUACCAGAGCCUUAAAUUGUAGAUAGCAAAAUGUUCUUUCAGCAGCAGAUC